AUGCGGGAGGCGGAAAUUCAAGACGAACUCGAGUCAUUGUUCAGACAGCGCCAGCGACUGAACAACUUCGCCUCAAAACUGAUGGAUUUGGCGGAGGAAGACUUCGAGAUAGAAAUGCGCACUCCGUCAAGACCGAACUCAAUUAAAUCUGUCUCUGCCAGCAAUUCGUCAAAAACAGAGACGACGGCGACCAGUUCAAAUGGAAACAUCGUCUCUGAGACAUAA